AUGGAGCAGCUAGAGCGAGAAAUCCGCAAGGAGAUCGACGAGAUGAACACCAGCGUGUCGUUGGUGGACCGUCUCGAGGCCGGUGACACCAUGGACGAUGACCGGCGUGAAGAACUGCUGUCCUCCACGCGAGCCGUAUUCGAGAAUGUCAACCCAAACAACGUGAAGAACAGCCUCACCGAUUCGCAGAUAUCGAUCAUCUCGAAACACGACGGCUAUCCGGAUUCGGGUCACUUCUACAGUACGCCACUGGGCGGGGUCAAGGAACCGACGGCGGUGGAUGAAACCGGCGUUCUUCCGACGAUCCAACCAACCCACCAAGGUGGUCCCGGAAAGGACAGGGACGGUGGAGCAGGGCCGGAAGGUAAACUCGCACCCGAAAUGGCACGAUCCUCGGGACGCACCGUUAGCAAAUCGCAAGACAGCAAGCAACAGUCCAAGACCGGUCAGAGCGUGAAACAAAACUCCCGGCCGGUGGACGGAACAAGCAAAGGCCAACCACCGAUGAGCGCCUCACUGGCCAACCUGUUGUACGCGUCCGGUGGUGCGGCGGCCAAACGCAAGCGACUUCCAUCCACCGUGGUGCUUGGAUUGAUCCAGCUGCUGUUGAGUGUAACGUUGGCCGCUCUUGGUGGGCUCGUGAUUGCACGAAACGCGUCCCUUGCGAUGGCCGGAACCGGGUUGUGGUGUGGUGCCAUCGCUGGUAUCGCCGGAUCGCUCGGUCUCAUGAAUGUGAAGAUGGCCAAAACUGGCUUUCUGGCGGUGAAUCUCAUCUGUGUCGCUUCCAGCACGCUCGGGCUUGCUCUCACCGGUAUUGGGGCGGUUCGGGACGCGAACUUGGCCCAGCAGGACGAGGUAAUGACCACGUGGAACCGUGGGAAGUUCGUCGUGGCGUCAGAUUUGAACGCAGGAAAGUGA